AUGAAGCGCUACAUGAGGCAGAGCUUGGCGCCGACGCGCUCGGACAAGCAGAUCGAGUACCUCGUACAGGCCGUCUCCAAGAUGGACGUCAACGUGCUCGAGAAGCUCAUGGCGCACGUGGCCAUCGUACGCCCCGCCGACGAAGGGCUGCCAUCCCCCGAGGAGGCCGCGGGAAAGGCCGUCGUCCUGCACAACCUGAGGUCAACAAAGGAGACGACGACGUCGUCUCCCGACAUCCUUGGCGCCAUGCUCGAGCAGCGUGGCAUCCCAAUUGUCGACGGCUACAUCACGCUCACGGACGACUUCAACCUCCAGGACGUCACGUCCAUGCUGGAGGCCGCGCGCCUCAAGGUGCUCUGCAACCGCGUGCGAGACAUCAUGUACGAGCAUCUCAUCAUCCACGUGGGGCGCGUCACGUCUAUUGUGCCCCUGCCCACCUCCUUUGCCGCGCUCCUCGACGCUGUGAACGCGAUCCGCCCGGACCAAGAUCGCGUCUGGUUCGACAGCAGCGCCCAGCCGCGGUAUCUCAUUCACAGCGAGCUCUCGUACCAGUACUUUGUCAUGUCCCGGCGCCGUGAAGUGUACCUCGACUAA